CAAACGUUUAACUAACAAACCAAACUAAAUUUCGUGAGAGUUGCGUCAAAACAAAACCACUAUCAAACAAUAAACUUUCGAUUCUCUCACUCUCAAAUGAAUCUAGCUCUGAUGGAUUGCUCAGCUUCCAUCGAUCAAUCUUCUUCUUCUUCUUCUUCUUCUUCUUCUUCUUCUAUGUAUCCAUACACUCUUCUCUUCCAUGCUUUUUCCCUAAUACCCCUUUCGCAUUAUUUCUUUGCAUUUACGAUUUUCUCAUUUAUUUUUCUAUACAAUUUCCUCGAAUUCCAUUUGUUUCGAGAUUUGUUUUCUGGGUUUCGUGGUACCUCCAUUGGCCUUACCUACAAUUCUUCAUCUCCAAUCUACAACGGCGUCGUUUCCUACUGUAAAAUUCUUCAUGGGAGGUAUUUGGCAACUCCGUGGCUUUCCAGUCCUCAUUUUCAGACUUGUUUCUUGAAUUUCUUUGGGCGACCUCCUGUUUUCAACUAUAGAAGACAAAUGUAUUAUACUUCUGAUGGUGGAACCAUUGCUUUGGACUGGUUGAUGCAUUCUGAUGUUUCAGGAGAUUGUUUUCUCAUGAAUAAUGCCAUUCCAAAAGACGAUACAACUCCUAUUGUUGUUGUGAUUCCUGGCUUGACAAGUGACUCUGCUGCUGCUUACAUAAAGCAUCUUGUCUUCAAUGUGGCAAAACGUGGGUGGAACGUUGUUGUUAGCAAUCAUCGAGGACUGGGUGGUGUUUCAAUUACAUCUGAUUGCUUUUACAAUGCUGGGUGGACAGAAGAUAUAAGGAUAGUCAUUAAUUAUCUCCAUCACGAAUUUCCCAAGGCUCCUUUAUUUGCUGUUGGAACUAGCAUUGGUGCCAACGUUCUGGUAAAAUAUCUUGGGGAGGAUGGGGAGAGAACUCAUGUUGCAGGGGCUGCAGCCAUUUGCAAUCCAUGGGAUCUCUUGAUUGGAGAUAGAUUUAUAUGCCGCAGACUGUUGCAAAAGUUCUAUGACAGGGCUUUAGCAAUUGGCCUUCAAGGUUAUGCAAAAUUACAUGAGCCUCAUUUUACUCGGCUUGCUAAUUGGGAAGGCAUAAAAAAGUCACGCUCAAUUCGAGAUUUUGACAACUGUGCGACCUGCCUUGUUGGGAAAUUUGAGACUGUGGAUACAUACUACAGGCACUGUAGCAGUUCCUAUUAUGUAAGAAAUGUUUCAGUACCAUUACUUUGUAUUAGUGCCCUGGAUGAUCCAGUUUGCACUAGGGAAGCCAUUCCUUGGGAUGAAUGCAGAGCAAAUAAAAAUAUUGUGUUGGCCACACCAAGGAAUGGAGGACACCUUGCAUUCUUUGAAGGAUUAUCUGCAGCCAGCUUGUGGUGGGUAAGGGCUGUUAAUGAAUAUCUCAGUGUUCUACACACUAGUCCUUACAUGCAUGUACAAAAGGAGCUUACUGUGAACUUGCAUUCAUCUGAAGGAAUUUCAAUUGAUCAGGGCCCAUAUUUAAACAUUGCACAGGAUGGAAUGGUGGUUGCAGUGGGCGGACAAGAAGAGCAUCAUGCAGAAGUAAAGUCUGAUUUUGUAUCAGGAACUGCUCAAAACUCCGAACACAGUAAAAACAUCCAGGAAGACAAGUUUCCCGAUACAACAAGACAAAAAAAUCAGAUUUCUCGACGACAUGGAAAAUCAAUAUGGUUGCUAGCUUUCAUUGCUGUUGUAACAAGUUGGCCAUUGUUAGGAUCAGUCUUGAUUAUCUAUGGAAAAAAGCUAAAAAGAUUCUUGCCUGCAGCUUUUCUCCGAAGAUGAUUCCAUGAUAAUUAAAAUUAUUGUUCUAUUUAAGUUGUGCUGGAUAUAUAUAAGCAGUUGAAAAACUAAUGAGCAACUAAACGUAAAUUUAUAUGACUAUAAAAAGUAAUUGAUUGGUCUUUAUAAUCAAAA